AUGGAGGAUUGGGUUAGCUGCCGUUCCGAAGAGCAGAAAAGAUGUGGAGAAAAAGGACAAUCUACCUUUGAUGAGUCGGAAGAGGAGCAGUGGCGCAAGCUGAAGGAAGAGGCUAUGAUAGAUUCAGAUGAUAGUGAGGGUGCUGCUGGUGAUGAGGGUGCCGUCGUGCUCGCAGAGGCGAAGAGGCGCAAACCGAGAAAAUCUGGGAAGGUAAUUGCCACUCAGAAGUGCGCGCAGCCGCAGAAUCAACAUAGACACCAGCAAAAACUGACAAAGUCUUUAAGUACAUAUGAUAUGGAGAAUCUCCUAAAACAAUAUCGCAAUAUCUCUGCCGAGGAGGAGGACGAAGUGGAUGUGGAUAUCACAAAGUUUCUACAAGAUGAUGGAGUCGACAGCGAAGAUGGUGAGGGACCUUCCGUAACUGCCACCGAGCUUUUGUCCUCUUUAAUAAGCGGAAGAAGUGCUGAUACUAAUAAAACUGAAGAGUUGGCUGACAGUUUUCCGUUGGCAAAUCUUAAUGACGAGGUUUUUACUUACGAAAAUGAAGCAGCUGUCAAGAAAACUCCCCGCAACAAGGAGAAACGCACCAAUAAGGCUGGCGCGAACUAUGUGAUUAAGGAGACUGUCGUGGAGGAGUUGAACGUCGUCACGGAUUUACCAGUUGAGGUACGUACUGGGUCUCAACAUGCGAGCACUGACUUUUUGAACGGGUGUCCCCCCAAGGCGUUGUUUUACUGGUUUGACGCAAAAGAACAACCCCACACAUUGACAGCUCCCGGAACGAUACUUCUCUUUGGUAAGGUGUGCGUGAACGAGGAAGAUGAGGAGUUUCGCUCAUGCUGCGUGAGAAUACAACAUGUUCAUCGGAACGUCUUUCUCCUUCCGAAAGAGGGCUCAACAGAUGCUGAGGUCGUCCAGGAAAUUAAUGCUAUUUGCCGUGGUAGUGGCAUAGAGGAGCGGCGAAUCAAAUUUGUUGAGCGGUAUUAUGCCUUUGAGGAACCGGGUGUUCCUCGGGAAAAAAAUCGCUGGGCGAAACUCGUUUACCCGGGCAGAUACCCCCCGUUUCCAAACAAGGGAGGGUUAACACAUGUCCAAGUUGUCGUCGGCGCGUCUCGCUCUCUCCUUGAACUCUUUCUCAUAAAGAAGAGACUAAUGGGGCCAUCGUACCUCGAAAUUGAGCAUCUUGUUACCGCGAUGGACCGUGUUUCUCACUGUAAAACAGAGUUUUUGGUGCCCUCGCCUAAAGACAUAAAAGUUUACAAUUCAUCAAAGCCACCACCACCGUUUACGGUUGCGAGUAUCCAACUUCACGCCCAGCUUGACAGCGAUGGGGUGAAAAACGAAGUGAUCGCUGCAUCGAUUGCAUUGUAUGGCGACGUCUCGAUUGAUGGAGAGAGAAAACCUAACAUUACGGAGUGCUUCACUGGCGUGCGGCAAUUAUCACCGGAUGCUCCUCUCCCAUUAGAUUUAGAGACUUACUGUUUGUCGAAGCGCAUGCCUGGAGUGCACCGUUUUAUAAACGAGAGGGCGCUGCUUACGUGGUUUGCGGAGACCCUUGCUGCGUUGGAUCCCGAUAUUAUCGUCGGACACAAUAUUAUCGGAUAUACCGUCGAGACUCUCUUAAAUCGCUAUCAGGAGCUAAACAUUGUUCGCUGGUCUACGAUUGGUAGACUUGAUGUCAGACGUUUUCCGCGAAUACAGGGGAACAAUUUCAAUCUGGCCAUUGAGAAAGAGGCUUGUGUUGGUCGUCUUGUCGUUGAUACCUACCUUCUUGCGAGAGAGUACUAUAAAAGCACGAACUACAAGUUGCUUUCGCUGAGCACGCAGAUGGAAAUCAAAGGUAUUACGGACAACCGGGGCCACUUCGAACCGGGAUCAACCGUGUUGGUUAAGGACUCAAUGAUGUCUUCCGAGGCUCUUUGCCCUAUCCUCUUGCAGCUUCUUAAUUGUGCUGUUCUUUCUUUCAACGUAGCCUCGUUCCUUGACGUCAUCCCGCUUACGAAGAGGCUCACGCUGCUGGCAGGGAACUUAUGGAGCCGAACGCUAUAUGGUGCUCGUUCGGAGAGGAUUGAAUAUCUUCUUCUACACGCUUUUCACAACUUGAAGUUUGUAACACCUGAUAAGAAAAAACGUGAUUUAAAGAGAGGUCGGGAAGAUGAUGAUGAUGAAGGCAAACGGAAAACAAAGUACCAAGGUGGUAUGGUUCUCGAACCAAAGAGUGGGCUUUACUCCGAGUACAUUCUGCUGCUGGACUUCAAUUCACUUUAUCCUUCGCUGAUUCAGGAAUUCAAUGUCUGCUAUACUACCAUUGACCGCGAUGAGAACACUGUAUCUGCCGAGGUACCGCCACCCGAGAGCCUUAUUUGCCUCUCUUGUAGGGCCGCAGGUUUGCCCUCACCGUGCCUACACAAGUGCAUUCUACCGAAGGUUAUUCGUGGUCUUGUGGACAGCAGGAGGGAGAUCAAGCGAAUGAUGAAGUCAGAGAGGGACCCAGGUAAUCUCGCUAUGCUAGAAAUUAGGCAGUUGGCUCUGAAACUAACGGCAAAUAGCAUGUACGGAUGUCUGGGAUUUGAAUAUUCCCGUUUUUAUGCACAACCCCUCGCUGAGUUGGUCACUCGACAGGGACGUCUUGCCCUUCAAAACACAGUGGAGUUGAUACCACAAAUUUCCCCAUCAAUCAGAGUCAUAUAUGGAGACACAGAUUCAGUGAUGAUACAAACGGGAAUCAAGGAUGACAUUGGAAAAGUGCGUAAUCUUGGAUUCGAAAUUAAAGGCAAAGUCAACCAGAGGUAUCAGAGUCUGGAGUUGGAUAUAGAUGGGGUUUUCCGGGCGAUGUUGCUACUUAGGAAAAAGAAAUAUGCUGCGUUGAGCGUCGUGGACUGGCAGGGGGAGGGGAAGGUAUACAAGAGGGAGGUGAAAGGAUUGGAUAUGGUGCGAAGGGAUUGGUGCCCGCUUUCCCAACAUGUAUCUGACGCUGUUCUAAAGAGGAUAUUAAAUGCUGAAGGUGGCGAAGACAUACUAGACUUCGUCAUCAAGUACAUGAAGGGCGUUGCGCAAGAUGUUCGUUCUGGAAACGUCUACCCUCUUGAAGAAUUUGUUAUCUCGAAGAGCUUGACAAAGGAGCCGGAGUCAUAUCAUGGCACAGGAUAUCCCCAUGCUGUUGUCGCUCUUCGUAUGAAACAGAGGAAGGAGGGCGUUCGCGUUGGUGACCUUAUUCCGUACGUCAUUUGUGAAGGUGAUGAGCAUAUCGAUGAUAAGGCCUACCACAUCGAUGAAGUGCGACGCUCUGAUGGACUCUCUGUUGACGUCGAAUGGUAUCUGUCUUCACAACUUUAUCCUCCAGUGAUGCGUUUGUGCGAGCAUAUCCAAGGUUUCGUACCGGAGCAACUUAGUGAAGCAAUGUGUAUUGCAAGUCAUAUGCGAACGGAACGCGACGUUAAGGAGGAAGACACCGCUAACGACUUCUCCCACUGUUCCAUUUUCAAGAGCCGUGCACUCUCCGAAUGUUUUCCAACUGCUACGGCAUUACAGGUUCAAUGCACACAUUGCCAGUUGGUUGUCCCAGUGGACCCGCACAAAUACAUAAACGACAUGUUUUCCAGUCGUGAAAAGCCACCUCCCACCGCACCCUUUGAGCUUUAUGUGUGUUUCAACUGCGGUCGAUCCCUCCCCCUUGCGUAUCUAGCAAAUUGUAUGACGCAAAUGUGUCACACGAUAAUCCGGCAGUUUUAUUGUUCAGGCGGGAAUGUUGCCUCGGUCCGUGCUCUUCGGGCGCAAUUCACGUACCUUCGAGCAAUGUUUGACGUCCCACAGGCCCUUAACUGCCCGUCGGCAGUGAAGAAUGCACACCGUGUUCUUUCACUACGUUGCUUAGGAACUGAUAGGAAACUCUAUACACUGGCGGAUGUCGAGAGGUUCCCCGACGUAGAGCCUGUGGAUCCGUUGCUCGCAUGUGCGGAGAGUUUUUACCGCAGGAUAGACCAUCUUUUUGUUAGUCUUGACAAGUUGUUCGAUACUCCAUGA